CUCCGUGAGCGCCGCGCGAGAGCGAGACCUGCGGAGCGAACGCGCCGGAUCCUGAAGCGACCGUUACCCUCUAACAGACGACCUGCCUUUCUCCUUCCUGAUUUUCCCCGUAUUUCUUCACAGUGUUCCUCGCACUAGCGCUUUCUUUCAGCGCCGGCUCACUUUUUGUCUUAUCACAGGUGCAUUUGCGAUCCUUUGACGUACUUUUCUCACUCACUGGGAAUUUCCGGACAUCUGAGGAUCGUGUGGAUGCGCGGUUUUGGAGAGAAGCGGAGAUGGAAUUGUUGAUAAUAUACCUUUCUUUUGGGAUAUUGCAAUGCAGUUCGGUGGGAGCCGACUCCAUCAUUCACAUCGGUGCCAUUUUUGAGGAGAACGCAGCAAGGGAUGAUGAGGUGUUUCAGUUGGCGAUCUCUGACCUCAGCCUCAACGAUGACAUUUUGCAGAGCGAGAAAAUCACCCACUCCAUAAAAUAUAUUGAACCCAACAACCCCUUUCAGGCAGUCCAGGAAGCAUGUGAACUGAUGACGCAGGGGAUCCUGGCCUUGGUUACAUCUACAGGCUGUGCCUCAGCAAGCGCUCUGCAGUCCCUGACAGAUGCCAUGCACAUACCUCACCUUUACGUCCAGAGAAACGCUGAAGGAUCACCUCGUACUGCAUGCCAACUCAAUCCAAGCCCCGACGGAGAGAGAUACACCCUCGCAGCACGACCACCCGUCCGUCUAAGUGAUGUCAUGUUGACGUUAGUGGGUGAGCUGCGUUGGCAGAAGUUCAUCGUCUUCUAUGACAGUGACUAUGAUAUCCGUGGACUGCAAGUCUUUCUGGACCAGACAUCAAGACAGGGUUUGGAUGUGUCUCUGCAGCGAGUGGAUAGGAACAUCAGUGGUGUGUUUUCCAAUUUGUUCACCUCCAUGCGCACAGAGGAGCUCAACCGCUACAGAGACACUCUAAGAAGAGCUAUCUUGCUCCUGAGCCCACGUGGAGCACAGGUCUUUAUCCAUCAGAUCUAUUCUCUGUGCCUGCUGCUUAUAGACAUAGUGGCCGUCCCAAUGCUGCUGACGCACCUCGAGAAGGAUUGA